AUGGAGUACCCGGCGGAGAAGGUGGACGAGAUGGCGGGAGGCGUCAGCGGCGGGGGCGACUGGGUGUACAUCGCGUCGGACGCGAUGGAGUCAGCGGGUUUCCCAGCGUCUUUCCCGUUGAUGUCCAUGGAUGAGCACGCCGAGCUCUUGGACGUACACGCGGCCUUCCCGCCGUCGUCGUCCCACGCCGCCAACGCCAACGCCACCGCGCUCCCUUCCUUCCAGGACUUCGCGUCCGGCGACGUCGGCGACCUUCCGCUGACCGAGCUCGAGGCGUUCGCCGGUGGGAUGGAGUGGGACGACGAGGACGAGGACGAGCUGGAUCAGCAGAGUGUGGACCCCUCCUCCUUGGGGCUCUCGAUCCCACUGGAAAGUGCCGCUGCGGCCGUCGCGUCGCCGGGUGCUGGUAGUGGCGGCGGCAACGGGAGGGGCAAGAAGAAGAUGACGGCCAAGAACCUCAUGUCCGAGCGGCGCCGCAGGAAGAAGCUCAACGACUGCCUCUAUAUGCUGCGCUCCGUCGUGCCCAAGAUCAGCAAGAUGGAUAGAGCUUCAAUCCUUGCUGAUGCAAUUGAGUACAUGACGGAGCUCCUGCAUAGGAUCAAGGAUCUUCACGCCGAGCUCGAGUCUGCUGCUAGCUCUGCACUUGCUGCUGGACCAGCAGCAGCUAGCUUCCGUCCCUCCGCACCCACACUGCAGCCGUUUCCGGGCCGCAUGAACCCUAGUCCCACUGGUCCAAUGGUUAGAGUUGAGGUGAGGGCGAUGGAAGGUCAGAUAGUGAGCAUCCACAUGUUCUGCGCGCGUAGGCCGGGCAUCGUGUUGUCCGCCAUGAGGGCCCUCAACAGCCUCCGCAUUGACAUCGAGCAGGGGGUCAUCAGUUGUUUCAACGGGUUCGCGAUGGACAUCUUCCGCGGCGAGCAAUACAGGGUUGGUCCUCCGCUGAUUCCUGAGGAAAUUAAGGCGGUGCUCCUUCAGUAUUGUGCCGAUCUCUAG